AAAACCCCCCCGCCGUCAUUGGGAGAUUUGUUUAAAAAUUUAACCGCUCAUCGUUUCUGUUUGCAUGGGCAAGGAAAAAACAAACAAGAUUUGCCUUUUAAUUUUGGAAUGCAGGAGUCAUAAUAGAAUAUUUUACAGCAAAACAACAACAAAAAAAUCCUUGUGGCGUGACACCAAUGGGUUUUGAUGAACAGGUCUACCCGGUCUUGAACUUCCUUCAAUGUAACAUACCAUUGCAAAGAAGCUAAGAAACCUUCCAGGAAGAACUAGUACUAAGGGAGGGCCUCGAAAGGGAUGUGGCUUCUGCAUGCGCCGUACAUCAGAUAGUCAACUUUCCUUGAACCGAGUCCUCAUCAUGUUCUCUCAAGUCGUUUGGAUUUAGUCCAUCUUUAGUCCAGAGGCAGGUGCGCUGUCAGGGGUCAGGGGAUUUUGGAUCUCGUGUGAGGAUAUCAGAAAAAGGAGGCAGAAUGCGGGACAUGCUUGAUAGAUUGCGCAACGUCAGCGAGGCCUGGGAGGAUGAGGACCACAUGGAAUACGACGAGAGCAAGCUGCCCAAAAAUCAAGAGGCGAUCGUCUUUGAGAACUCCUUGGACAUUGAGAGUAUCCUGAAGGAAGCAGAGUCCAUCCGCAAGGAGAUUUCCUUGCUCCUCUUGGAGGUGGAGCGCCUCAAGAAGAACGACGAGCGUUUUCGCACCACUGUCCGUCGUCUCUCCGCGGUUAAGCGCGACUCGGAUGACAUCGCCAGGGGGAUCCAGAAGAAAGGGCAAAUGCUGCAUACUCGCAUUUUGGGACUUGGUGCGGAGAGCAAAAAGAUGGCGGAAAGAGAAGGGGCCAACUCGGCUUCGAGCCGUAUCGCUUGCAUGCAGUUUGACUCGCUCAUCCUUGCCUUCCAAGCCGCCAUGGGGACAUACAACCAGGCGGAAGAACUGCAGCGUUCAAUUUGUAGGGAGCGAAUCCAGCGGCAGGCCUCCAUAUUAGGGACGAAAAUCACUGACAAGAAACUCGAUGAAAUUGUCGACAAAGGAUUCGAAGGCUGGAACGAGUUGUCGCAGAGUCUGCCGACUCAAGAGGGUCAUUCCUCUCGCUGGGCAAUGACCGAAAUCAAAGACCGGCAUCAGGAACUGGUGGCACUGGAGGCCCGGCUCAGGGAAGUCCACGAACUGUUCCAGGAUAUGGCGGCGCUGACGGAAGAGCAGUGCUCCAUGCUGAAUAAUAUCGAAGCCAACGUGUCAAACACUCGGCAAUAUAUUCAGAAAGUCAAUGUGGAGAUCACAAAGGCGAUAGGGUACAAGAAAAGAAAUCCCUUUUUGCAAUGUUGCCCAUGUCUACCCUGUUGCAAACAAUAAAGUAGAACAAUGAAAACUAUUCAUAUACAGUGAUGCUUUAUAUGAGCUAUUCAUUGGCCACCUUUGUGAGAUUUGAGGGGGGUAAAAAAAUUGAGAAACACAAUUUCUCUAUAUUUUAACAGUCUGAAAAUCCAUUGGACAUUAUUCUGGUGACUAUGGCAUUGGUCUCAUAACAGGAGUUCAACCAUUCUGAAUGAGAGAGUAAAAUUGAUCGAUCACCGUAGAUUGGUCACCCGCCAAUCGCAGAUAAACAGCAAUCUAACCGAAUUUGUUGGGAUUGCGGAUAGCACUGGGCUUACAAUAUAACAGGAAAUAAAAGUUUUUAUUGUGACAUCAUAAUUUGAAUAUAACACAGAGAGAUAUCCAGGUAAAUAGAGUUAAUCCAUCUUUGUUUUUUGUUUU